GCUCGGUGUUGUGGUGGUGUUCUUAAUUCGUUCUCAUCGUAUGUGUAAAAAUAUGAAUAAAUUUAUUUGUUUUUGUGUAUGAAGAAGUGUUGUUAUAUUAAUCAAAUUAAAAAAAAUUGAAAUAUAUAUUGUGUUCUUCGAUAAUUGUAUUGUGUGGAGAAAAGUGUUUGAGGCGACGCGCUGUUGAUUUGAUUUGAGUUAUACAAAAUUUUGGGAUACACAAGAAUGAAGCAAAUUUAGCUCCUCCUAACCUUAAAAUAUUCAUUCAACCGUCGAAACGAAAAGCACGUUGAGGCGAAUCUAUCAAUUAAAAAACAAACCCCUGCCACGCUCUCUUCUAACGCUUUAUUAGCGCUUGAAGUGCUCUUGGUUUAGUUGUUGGUUUGUGGCUGUUUGGCUGUUGGCUGUUCGGUGUUUGUACUUAAAGGAUAAAUCAGCUGUUAAAGCGAAUACCCGUAGUAGAAUUUUUCGUACGUGGGCAUUUGUUUAGUUUUAAAGAGUGCAGAGAUGGAGCAGCACGGGUCUGCGAACGGCGGUGAUAAAAUUUCAAAUAGUAUAAAACAACAACAGGAAGCAAUUGAAGUUAACAAUAAACAAGAACAAAUGGAGAAAUCAAAUUCACCGAAACUGAAUCCAAGGCCCGGCCUAAAGUUAAACAAAAUGAACAAUUCGGAAAAGAAACGUGUUUAUAAAAUUGUUCUGACUGGCGGUCCAUGCGGUGGUAAAACAACUGGUCAAUCCCGCCUUUGCACAUUUUUUGAAAAUCUAGGAUGGAAGGUAUUCCGUGUGCCUGAAACGGCUUCCGUACUACUCAGUGGCGGUGUAAAGUUUUCGGACCUGACGGAAAAAGAAGCACCACCUACACCGACUACUUUCAUAUAUAAAGAUCUUCCGUAUGUUGCACCGGAACAUAGUCUUAUCGAUUCGACUGCUUCCUGUCCACGUUGCCUGGCGAACGCAGCCUCUAAGCCGAAUGGCAGUGAAGGUGAGUGUGUCCGCCACGUACAUAAAAGAAUAGAAUUGCUCUCUUGUCUUCAAGCUGUCCAAUAUAACAUAUUUGUAUAACUUCUGCAAAAUUUU